AUGUUCGCCACUCGCCGUUUCACAUCCGCGGUUCCUCGCGCUUUCGCAGCCCAAUCGGCCCUUUUCCAUGCCACUCGCCCUGCAUUCGUCAAGGUCGGUGAUGCGGUCCCCAAUGUCGAUUUAGUCGAGAAUUCACCGGGCAAUAAAGUGAAUCUGGCCAAGGAAUUAACUGGAAAAGCUGUCAUUGUUGGCGUUCCUGCGGCGUUUAGCCCUGCGUGCUCCAGCACCCAUGUUCCUGGCUACAUCAGCCACCCCAAGCUCAAAGACGCCGGCAGUGUGUUCGUCGUCUCCGUCAACGACCCAUUCGUCAUGAAGGCCUGGGGCACAACCCUCGACCCUACCGGCAAGAGCGGCGUCCGCUUCCUAGCUGAUCCCGCUGGUGCAUUCACAGAUGCCCUCGACCUGGGAUUCGACAGCGCUGCAAUUUUCGGAAACCAGCGAAGCAAGCGCUACGCAUUGGUCAUUGAGAAUGGAAAGGUCACAGAAGCCCAUGUCGAGCCGGAUAACACUGGUGUCAAUGUUUCUGCCGCCGAAAAGGUUCUUUCCUAA